AUGGCCUCCUCCGCCUCCUUUACCCUGGACCUCCCAACAGUCCUAUGCCUCGCAUUCUGUCUCUCCUUCAUGCCAAUCGCCUACCUGCUCAGCAAAGCUCUCAUCCCAUCCACCCACACCCGCAAUCGGAUCCUCUUCUUCUGGCACACCUACGACGCCCUCACCCACUUCUUCAUCGAGGGCUCCUUCCUCUACGAAUGUUUCUUCAGCUACGUCCCCCUGCCCAAGGGCGUUCUCAGCUCCAGACCACACUUUCUCAAUCGCAUCGAUCGCGUCUACGGCGCUGCGCACGGCUCGGGUCCCAGCGCACGCCUGUGGCAGGAAUACGCAAAGGCGGAUGCCCGCUGGGCCACGGCCGACGUCACGGUGGUCUCGUUGGAGCUGUUGACCGUGUUUCUGGGCGGGCCGGCCGCAUUGUAUGUGUGCUACUUGCUGGUGCGGGCGUCGAAUGAGAAGCUGGGUGCGAGGGUGCGAGGAAGUGCCAAGGCGACUUUGUGGUUUGUUGCGACGGCGUUGGCAACGGCUGAGUUAUAUGGGGGGUUUAUGACGUUUGCGCCGGAGUGGUUGACGGGUAGUUUGCAGUUGGCGACGGAGGAUCCGGUGUAUUUGUGGUUGUAUUUGUUCUUUUUCAAUACGCUGUGGGUGUUUGUUCCACUGUGGGUUUUGUGGGAGGCGAGCAAGGAGCUACAGGCUGCUUUUGUGACGCGGGAGGUGGUUGUGGCUGGGCAGAAGGGCAAAUAA